GCGCGAUGUCAUCGAUACUGUGUUGUAUCACUCGCAACCUGUCUUGUACUAACGAUAGACCUCGAUCAUUUAGAAUCUUGCUGAAUCCCUAAGCCUAUCUAGCUGGCAAUUAAUACAAAUACAGGUGUGGCAUCUGUUAUCUGGAAUGCUUGUGUUCUGGGGGGUUUGCGUAUAAGGGAUCUUUCUAUAAUGUAGAACACAGUUCAUUAAGGCUACUGAACCCAGUUGGAUUAUUCUGCCACCAGUAAGCAGGUAUUCAUUAUAAAUAAGUGAGAAGAAUGGCAUUUUCUUUACCUCUGGAAACAUACAGAAUGGUGUUGGUUCUGCUGCUGUGCUUGGUUGGCAGAACACUUUCUGAAGUUGGAGACUGCAGAGAACAGGAGUAUAUUGAUAACACUGGAAAUUGUAGGCCAUGCAGACAAUGUGGACCUGGAAAGGAGCCAUCAAAGGAAUGUGGUUUUGGAUAUGGAGAAGAUGCACAGUGCUUACCCUGCAGGCCAAACCGAUUCAAGGAAGACUGGGGCUUUCAGAAAUGCAAACCUUGCCUUGACUGCGCUUCAGUUAACCGCCUGCAGAAAGCAAACUGUUCAUCAACAAGCAAUGCAUUGUGUGGAGAUUGUUUGCCUGGAUUUUAUAGAAAAACUAAACUUGGUGGUUUUCAAGACAUGGAGUGUGUCCCGUGCGGAAAUCCUCCGCCCCCUUAUGAACCGCACUGUAAUGCCAAAGUUAACCUUGUGAAGAUCCCUUCCACUGCCUCCAGUCCCCGGGACACGGCCCUGGCUGCUGUUAUAUGUAGCGCAUUGUCCACUGUUCUCUUGGCUCUGCUCAUUCUUUCUAUUAUCUACUGCAAAAGGCAAUUCAUGGAGAAGAAACCAAGCUGGUCCAAGAGAUCACAGGAGCUCCAGUAUACUGGGUCAGAACUAUCGUGUUUUGACAGACCACGAGUAGCAGACCAUGCAAUGAGCCCAUGUUGCCACUGCCAGCAAGAUCCAUCACAUGUCCGGGGACCUGUUCACCUGAUUCCAUCCCUGUGUUGUGAGGAAACCCGCAGCAUGGAACACAUCUGUAUAUUCCAGUCCCACAGCACCUUGUUUGAGGGCAAUGAAGACCAUGUAGCAGAAAUGAUUCCUACAUAUUUUGGACCUGCUCCACACUCGUCCUGCGGAGAUAUUGCAGAGACUUGGCCCCUGAUGCCGAGCCCUUUUGGCAGAGACAGCGCGUGUGCCUGUGAGUCGUAUCCGGAGCCUCCAGAAGGAGACAGAAACUCUCUGAAUACAGAGAAUGAAGAUGUGAGCGAUAAACACGAGCACCAUGACCAGAGCUAUGAAGAGCCUUCUGCAAACAUGCAAUCUCCCAAACAUCUUGGCUUAUUGGAGUUGGCCUCCUGUCAGGCUGCUGAUGGAACACAGGCAGAUGAAGAGGAAGACUCUGACAAGGAAGAUGAUAAACAGGCCGUCUAAUUGAUCCACUCGUUGUAGCACCAAUUGCAAGUUCAACCAACCAUGAUCAAUUUUCAGGAAGAGGACACGUUACAGGAUGGUUUCCUACUUUAUAGCGCAUAUCUGGAAUGAGGCCGCGUAUAACGAGGCUUGUAUAGAACUGAAGACGCUUGUACCCCGUACACCUUGUGGGACCUGUGCACAGAGCUCCGCCUCCCCAAUGUGUCUCGACCUUACUAAACCCAAAGCGUGAGCAUCAUGCUGAUAAUUAUAAACUUCUGAGAAGUU